AUGUGCAUUGCUAUAGCAAAUCAAAUAAACGAUACGUUAUUAGAAAUACAUGAAUCUUUGGAUACUUGGUUAAAUGAUACAGAAGCUGUUAUUCUUUUGAGAAAUAUUUGUAAUUUUGGUUUUAAACACUACAGUUUACGAGAAAUUAAUGGCAAAAGAUUUAUUUGCGAUCAUGUUCCUGGUUCUACAUUAGUAACAUCUUCGGGUGAUGGUUUAUGGGAGGCACAUUUGAGAGAUAAUUGUCAUGAAUAUUUGAAUGAAAUAGACCCAUUAGAAUUAUAUCAGUAUUGGCAGCAAUGGUGUCACGAUGAUCAUCAAAAUUCUAAUUUGAUUACAAUACUUUGCAGAAAUGAAGCAGGAAAAUUACGUGAUUGCAGAAGUAUGGAUGAUAUGAUCAAAUAUGAAAUACCUUCGAAGAACUAUCAAGCAAAUGUAAAAAUUAAAGUAGAAUUCGGAUGUUGAAGUACAAAUGCUCAUAAAUUGUUUACGUAUCUGUAUAUCAAUUUUUAUUUAUUCGAUUUAUAUAUAUAUAUAAUAUAUAUAUACACACACACGCACGAACAACAUGUAUACACAUUCUUAUAUUUGCUUUUAUAUAAAUAAAUGUACGUUUGUAUAAUUUAAAUAUAAAAGAAAAUAUAUUAUUAAUAUUGAUAGAGCUAUUAUAUUUCUUUUUAUAUUUAAAAUUAAUAAAGUUACUAGAAUUAGGUU